AUGUGGAGGCACAGUGGAAGCAGCAGCUGCACUGCCUUGCUGUCGUUCCUCGAGCUGGAACGCAACGUAAGAGCAUGCCUCGUCGCGCACCGCAAUGAUGUGGAUGUCUGUAGCGCCCUUGGUAGCGGUGUUCUUCGCGCACCACCGGCGCCGGUGGUGCGCGACCAUGAGAUGUUGGAACUCAACGUGGACGGCCUCAGCUUCACUUUGGAUAGCGUUGCGGGGACAGUGGAGAUCAACCGGCGGGGGUGA